AUGGCGCACCACGGCGAGAAGCCCGAGCAGAGCCUUGAGGACAUGGAGGCUGAGCUCUCCCAGCCCAGGGAAAUGUUGAUCUCCGAGGAGGAGAUGGACGCGGAGCGGUUGCCCAUCGGCUACCGGGACUACUGCGCCCACCUGCUGGUGCCGCUCAACCGCUGCAGGCAGGAGUGCUUCUACCUCCCCUGGAAGUGCACCCACGAGCGUCACGUCUACGAAGGCUGCCAGUACGAAGAGUACAAGAGGAGGAAGAAGUGGAUGCUCAUCGAAAAGGAGAAGCUCAAGAGGGCGCAGGAGAAGCAGGCGUAG